UGUCUGAAUACACUGGAUAUAAACUACACUGUUCAAUAUUGUAGACAUUCGAUUUUCGCUUUCUUCCCGUUCUACUUCCACAAUCUUUUUUGGCUGCCUUUGAAAAAAAUAUAGGGAAAUGUGACUUUACUGAAGUGAAUGAGUAGAGAAUAGAAAAAGGAAUUAUGAAUAACUCAAGUGUGGAGCCCAAAGAGGAUGAUAACACGCCGUUCAUGCCGAAAACUCCAGAUCCAACGUGGUACUGGUCCAUAAGAUGUUUCAUUGCCGUUGUAGGAUGGAUUGGAAAUGGCUUGGUCAUUUACAUUAUCGCGAGAUCACGACGCCUACAAAUUACUUCAAACUGGUUCGUUAUGUCUUUAGCAGUGGCAGACUUAUGCGUAACACUAAUCGUUGCGAUACCAGAGUUCAUCUGUAGCGUGUUCUUGGAUUGCGAUUGGUGGUCGAUUAAGGUUCUCUACGAUGUCUUCCUAUACGCCUCGGUUCUUAAUCUUUGCGCGAUGACAUUUGAUCGAUACUUUGCAAUCGUCCAUCCUCUUAGAUAUCAGAGAAUAAUGACAAGCUGUUUUGCUAUGGCUAUUCUAAUUUCUACCUGGAUAACAGCUGUACUCAUUCCUCUACCCUACUACAUCGCUUUGCGCAUGAAUCAAUACGAACUGUUUUCAACAUUACAAAUGUUAGUGAGACUUAUACUCGAAGUUUUGCCAUGUUUUAUUCUGCUGAUAACCUAUUUACACAUGGCUUACAUCGCAAGAAAGCAGAUGAGGAGAGUCGUGCAACAGAGAAAGCAGCUUUCGUAUAACUACAACGUUCCUUGCCAAGCCCUGAGCCCGCGACCAAAGGGGUCGGUCCGCGCAGUCGGUCUUGUCGUCCUAAUAUUCCUCUGUUGCUAUUCCGUGGCUGCCUAUAAAGGAUACAUCAAUUAUGUGAACUUCGAGAAAGUGCAAAAAGAGAUUGUUGGCCUUGCACGGUUUCUCUACCACCUGAAUUCGGCUUCUAACUGUAUCGUGUACGCGCUCUGUAGGCAAGACGUUCGAAAUGAAGUGAUGCAGGUAGUAUGUUAUAAGAAACGGUCAAUUCUUACUAUCAAUAACAAUAUUCCAGAGAUACAGAUGUCUCAUAACGAAAGUAGGAGAAAGAAAAGUCUCUCAAUCGAAAGUGCUGCCGAUAAGUAAUUUCAUAAAUUUGUAAUCUUAUACUCGAAAUAUAAUUACUGCAAUAAAAGAUAGAAAUAAAACGCAUGUUUUCUAUCA